CUAACGCCGCGCGAGCAAGGCUCGUGAGCGCGACCGCGAGCGAAUAGAAUAGAUUGGCUCUAGCAAAAGUAUUCGGAAACGUUCCAGGCUAACCAUUUUGGAAAACAUUAAAUGAUUUCGACGCUAGCGAUCGCAUCAUGAAGAUGAACUUAUUCCAUGCCAUUUCGUUCGACAACGACCAGGAGGAUCUGGUUUUAGGCCCCGAUUUACAGAUAUUUAGCGACCAUCUGGAACUCAGUGAGCGGAUCAGGAAGACACUCUACUAUGGAAAACUGCCGACGACGGACCGACCAUCCUUGGCGCUGACAGGAAUCUCCGUUGAGAUGUUCUCAAAAGUGCUGCCAAAUGACGGGCUUAAAGUUCUUGACAUGCACUACGCAGCAUCGGUGUCAAGGAGGGCCUGUAUUACUCCAUGCUCCAUGAUGCUGGCUAUGGUUUACUUGGACCAACUGCGACACAAGAACCCACAGUACAUGACUUCUGUUUCAUCUUGUGAUUUGUUUCUGGUAUCUAUGCUUGUGGCUUCAAAAUUCCUGUACGACGAUGGUGAAGAGGAUGAAGUCUUCAACAAUGAAUGGGCUGCAUCAGCGAACAUGGAGCUGAAGGACCUGAACCUUUUGGAGCGGGAGUUUCUGGAUGCUCUCGACUGGAAUUUGUAUGUGAAACCCAUUGCAUUUGCACGUGUUCUGGACAAAAUAGAAACAAGGAUUGCAUACUUGGAGUCCUCAAAGCGAGGCUGGACCACUUACACAGAUGUGUGUGUGCUGAGCAAAAGCGCUGUGCUCAGGCGUUGUUGGCUACUAGUCUAUGACGGUGUGAUCAAGGUGAUUGCCGUAUCUGCCAUUGCCUAUGUUGCUGCAGCGUUGACUCUCUUUGGUUCAGCAGUCCUUGUGCACAAGGUUGCCCACACAGGCCAGCAGCUGUUACAGUGCUCAAGUCUUGGCACCCAGCACAUAAACCUUCCCGUUCAUUCCAAUGCCAGCAAUGUCUUGCCCUGUGUUGUGCCCCCUUUUCUGAGCUCGUGCACUGAUCGAGACCGAGAAGGCACAGUUGAAUGUGUUCCAGACAAACCUCUUCUUCGUGUAUCAAACAAUCCUCCUUGCCAGCAUUCCAAAUCGGCUUCCAACCUGCCAGCACGCCGCAGUGUCCUGGCUCGAACCCGAGCUUCACGGGUUUGCACUGGAGUGCCUCACCAUCCCCUGAUGGCUAGUUGUGUGGAAGUGACAUUCAGCCUCUGACAGCUACCUCGUCAUUGGUCAGCUCUACGGCUUUGUUUGGACAUCAUACACGUGGGAGGUGUGUGGCUGCAGACGAGGUGCACUUGUAAAUGUAGGGCCCGGUGCUUGUUGUGCUGUACAUAAUAACCACAGGACUUGGAUGUGGUGAUGGUUAGGAGUGAAAAAUUCCUAUGUGACCGUCUUCUGUGACCGCACCACUGAAGACAAGAUGGUUCCCCUCUCCUCCUUUCUCUCUCUCUCCUUUUUUUUACCUCGCUUUGGAACUAAGCAUCCAGUGGGCAGAAUUCCUGCACACUCUUUAAAGAAUUUCAAAUUUCUUAGGGAAAGCAUAAGAAGUGCUUGUAAAAUGCUGCCAUCUUUUUCUUUCUCUCUUCUCUCUCUCUAAAUCUUGGCUUGGUCAUUGCAACACGAGUCAAAUCUGAACAAAACUGGCCAAUUAAGCUGGUACUUUCUUUACUUAAUUUCCUCCAAAAAAAUAAAAGCAUACUGCACAUUGUUUGAUGGCUUCAAUGGCACAGUGUGGAAUGUCUAUGCAAGUCUUGCUGUUCGCUGUUGCAUCAAAUUAUGAACGAACUUUUAUCCAGGGUGUAAUGAAGUUAGGCUGCAGGUUCCAUGAAUUCAACAUCGGUAUGUGAAAACGUGGAUUGUGUUUUGAAAAUGCCAAAAUGAAAGAUGCUUUGAUCCUAACUGCAUGUUAGUAAGAGCUAUACUAGCAAUUCAUAACUGGUUUAUGUGUGUGAGGAUGAGAUCUCUUCCUAUGCAUUAGGAUAUUGUAGUAGGCUAAGAACAGCACUACCAUAGGGUGCCAGAAUGUUUAUUUAGGCUUCGGCUGUUAAAACCCAGCAAGCGUAAAGAGACUAAGGAAGCUAGACAUUUUUACAGCCUUUGAAUGUAGAGGCAAUGGUUGGUGAAAGGGUGUUGUACAUAACGUAUGCUGGGAACCCUAGAAAAUUGCCGUGUGUGUUUGUGGCUACCAUGUUACACAUUAUUCUCGUACAUCAAAUAUUUACGUGCUCAAAACAGCUGAUUAGAUGCUACAGCCAGCAGUUAUCUUUUGAUCCAAUUAAGCAACAUUUUGAACAUUCCUGUGUUAAAUUAAGGACGUUGUCCUGCUUAAUAACAUCCUAGUUUAAUUGAGCGUCAUGAAAUAAAUCAACCUUUAACAUUUAUUUCAUACCAAAAAAAUGGCGUUGAGAACUCUUGAUGGCAGUACUUAGACCACUCUUGCUCAGUGUAUACAAAACUUCAUUUAUUAAGCUUUCCAUUCAUUGAAAAUAAAUCUGUGCUGCUUGCC